AGACUCCAGAAACCUACCAAUGCUGCAUGCUCUCAGGAAAUCCAUGCUCUGAUGAGUGACUGUUGGACUGAGGAUCCAAAUGGACGUCCCAGUUUCUUCCACUUGGUGUCUACCAUCUCUGAUAGACUAGAAAGUAUUGCUGGUUACCUAGACGUUGGCUCUAUGUUGCUCUCUGUUGGAAGGUCAGGGAUAUUGGAAUAUGACCACCUGAGCCCAGGACAGAUGGAGAUGGAGAAUGAGCAUCUCAACCCAGUGGUGAUUAUUUCAGAUGAAGAUGCCAAUUGAUAUUGAACUGGAUCUGAAUGCUAAUGAGAUCAUUGCACAUAC